GAACGAAAAGUGAUUUUGAUACGGUUAAACAACAACGAGUAUAAUGAAACAAUCACUGGUACAAUUGGUUAUAAUGAUAAUUGUUUCCAUCAUACCAAUCGCGUUCUUGUCUAGAAAAACAGGUCACUACAACCCUGGGCGAUAAAUUAGGUUUGCGUGGAAACGUUGAGUUUAGAUCCACUUUUGAAAUUGUAUAGGGUGACUUGAAACCGCUCAAGGUCGUGCGCUGGACAUCCUCACAAACUUCGUGCUUCAAUGAUAUUAGUUUUAAUGAUUUCAGCCUAAUGCAUCCACUUCGAUGAUUUAUGCCUCUUACCCUAUACGAUAUUUACCACCAGAAAGUUAAUCGUUAUUUAAGGAUUUCCCCUACCGAAUUUCACACGUUUUAGGGCAAUAUAUCUAUUCUAAAAUGUUGAGUGAGUGUUGCAGAUAUCGUUACCGUUGCAGUCAUUGGAAACUUCGGAAUUACUUAGCUUUCUGGUAUUUCGGUUUGGGUAAUAAUUUCUCAUAUGUGAUUAUGCUAAGUGCAGCUGUGGAUAUAAUACGAAAACACCAACACUCGCAGAUCGAAUUCACUACGAACAUCAGUACAUAUCACAUAAAUUGUACAGAGAUUGGGACGGGGAGUGUCCUGUUGGCAGAUAUACUUCCAAGUAUGAUUUUCAAGUUUAUUUCCCCAAUAUUUAUACAAAAACUUCAUUUCCACUUCAAAAUUUUAUGCGCUGUCCUACUGGCCAUUAAUAGUUUUUUGGUGGUUUCAUUUUCUCAGUCUUUCUCUACGAGUCUUUUUGGGAUUGUUUCUGCAAGUUUAUCUUCAGGAAUUGGAGACGUUACUUUCUUAAGCAUGGUAGCUUUUUUUGACAAAUCUUGUAUUUCGGCUUGGUCAUGUGGAACUGGUGCAGCCGGUCUAAUCGGUUCACUUUAUUAUGUUGGCUUGACAUCAGUAACAACACCGGAAAUUACAUUAUGUAUUGUUAUUGUGGUUCCAUGUACUACAUUGUUAGUGUAUUUCUUCGUUCUAGACAGACCUCAUCAUGAAAAAUUUCGACUGUGUUUCAACCCUAUGGUUUCAUCGAACAAUUCCACAAUGUCAACAGAGAGGAUAAAUACGUUAGUAACUAGUGAUGAGUCAGAGCACAUUGAGGUUGUAAAUGACAGCGAGGUAAUCACUCAUUCUGAUGGGUAUAUUCAACUGAGAAAUGAAGAUGACAUGGUUUAUCAUGACAGUUCACAAAUUCCGAAUAAUUCAUCUCUACCUGUUCUAAAUCAACAACAACCUACAUGGAAAAUAAAACUACAGUUGUUGAAGGGAAUGAUUAUUUCAUUAUUUUGUCUAGUUUCAGUUUAUUUCUUCGAGUAUUUAAUUAAUCAGUCAUUGUUUGAAUUACUUUACUUUCAAAAUACACGUUUAACUGCUCCAGAACAAUAUAGAUGGUAUCAAGUACUUUAUCAAAUUGGUGUAUUUUUAUCAAGAUCGUCAGUCAAUUUUAUUCAUUUUAAGACUACUUGGAUUAUGUCACUUCUACAAGCUAUAAAUUUUGUAAUUUGUUUAUUACAAGUGAUCUAUUCUUAUAUACCACAUAUAUGGAUAAUGUUCAUGGUGAUAUUCUAUGAAGGAUGUCUAGGUGGUUUAACUUAUGUUAAUACGUUUUAUAAUAUUCUUCAAGAAACUUCUCCUAUCUACCGUGAAUAUGCAAUGGCGAUGGCAACUGUAUCUGAUUCAAUUGGCGUAGCUGGAGCUGGAUUUCUAUCCAUAUAUUUACAUAAUUGGUUGUGUCAUAUAUUAACUUGAUGAUCGUAAUAUAAUUUUUUUUUAAUAAUGUAUUUUAUUACAAAUCAUUUCCAACUAACCAUCUUUAUUCGGUUUAAUUUUUUAACUACAAUGUUAUUGUUUUGCAUAUGAUUAGAAUGUUUUUAAUAUUACCAUAAUAAUAAUAAUAAUUGUUAUC